UCCCUCAGAGCAUGGCGGUUUCCGAGCAUUCAUGUCGGCAGGCCUGCCUAGCGUAAGAAGUAGCUGGAAAAAAUGUCACGGGGAGCUCCUUUUCCAGUCCCUUGCCCGGUGCUGCUGGGCACCUUCACAGAUGACUCCCUGGAGGCUCAGCUUCACGAAUACGCCAAGCAAGGGAACUGCGUGAAGCUCAAGAAGAUCCUUAAGAAGGGAGUCUGUGUUGAUGCAGUUAACACUCGGGGCCAGUCAGCGCUCUUUGUUGCAGCAUUACUGGGCCAUGUGAAAUUAGUGGAUGUUCUGGUGGAUUAUGGAUCAGAUCCAAAUCACCGCUGCUUUGAUGGGAGCACUCCUGUCCAUGCAGCAGCCUUUUCAGGCAACCAGUGGAUCCUCAGUAAACUGCUGACUGCAGGGGGUGACCUGCGACUCCAUGAUGAGAAGGGUCGAAACCCACAGGCCUGGGCCUUGACAGCAGGGAAGGAUCGUAGCACUCAGAUGGUGGAGUUCAUGCAACGCUGUACUUCACAUAUGAAGGCUAUCAUCCAGGGCUUCUCCUAUGACCUUCUGAAGAAGAUAGACUCUCCUCAGCAACUCAUCGGCAGCCCACCCUGGUUUGGUAACCUCAUUCAGGGAAGCCCAAAUAGUUCUCCUAACCGACAGCUUAAACCUGGAAUCAUUUCUGCCCAAAAUAUCUACAGCUUUGGCUUUGGGAAGUUUUAUCUCACUUCAGGGAUGCAACUUACUUACCCAGGAUCUCUUCCAGUCAUUGGAGAAAAGGAAGUGAUCCAGGCUGAUGAUGAGCCCACCUUCUCUUUCUUCAGUGGCCCCUACAUGGUCAUGACUAACCUCGUGUGGAAUAGGAGCAGAGUCACAGUAAAGGAGCUGAACCUUCCCACCCGUCCCCACUGUAGCAGGCUGAGGUUGGCCGACUUGCUGAUUGCUGAGCAGGAGCACAGCAGCAACCUGCGGCAUCCUAACCUGCUGCAGCUGAUGGCUGUAUGUUUGUCCCGGGACCUGGAGAAAAUUCGCCUGGUUUACGAGCGUAUCACAGUCGGCACACUGUUCAGUGUCCUCCAUGAACGAAGGUCCGAGUUCCCAGUGCUGCACAUGGAGGUGAUUGUGCACCUGCUGCUCCAGGUUGCUGAUGCCUUGAUAUACCUGCAUUCCCGGGGAUUCAUCCACCGCUCCCUCAGCUCCUACGCUGUCCACAUCGUCUCUGCAGGAGAAGCAAGGCUGACUAACCUGGAAUACAUGAUGGAAAGCCAGGACAGUGGUGCACACAGGAACAUGACUCGAAUGUCCCUCCCCACCCAGCUGUACAACUGGGCUGCACCAGAAGUGGUCUUACAGAAGGUGGCCACGGUGAAGUCAGACAUAUACAGCUUUUCCGUGAUCAUACAAGAGAUCUUAACAGACAGUAUACCCUGGAAUGGCUUGGAUGGCUCGCUUGUUAAAGAAACCAUAGCCUUGGGAAAUUAUUUAGAAGCUGAUGUCAGGCUUCCGGAACCUUACUAUGAUAUUGUUAAGUCGGGCAUCCAUGCCAAGCAGAAGAACCGAACAAUGAACCUGCAGGAUAUUCGUUAUAUUCUGAAGAAUGACUUAAAGGAAUUUAUUGGAGCUCAGAAAACUCAGCCAACCGAGAGCCCCAGAGGGCAGAGCUAUGAACCCCAUCCUGAUGUUAAUAUCUGCCUAGGUCUAACUUCAGAAUAUCAAAAGGACCCUCCAGACUUGGACAUCAAGGAACUAAAGGAAACGGGUAGUCAGCCCCACUCACCAACAGAUCACUCCUUUCUCACUGAAAAACCAACACUAGCUCCUCAGACCCUAGAUUCAAGUCUGUCAGCCCAGAAACCUGACAAUGCAAAUGUUCCUUCUCCUCCUGCUGCAUGUUUGGCAGAAGAGGUCAGGAGCCCCACUGCAAGUCAGGACAGCCUCUGCAGCUUUGAAAUCAAUGAGAUCUACUCAGGCUGCUUGACACUGGGAACCAACAAGGAGGAAGAGCGUCUGGGGACUGCUGCUUCACCUGAGGGGGAUAGACCAAACCAGGGAGAUGAGCUACCAUCCCUGGAAGAAGAGCUCGAUAAGAUGGAGAGAGAGUUGCACUGUUUUUGUGAAGAGGACAAAAGCAUUUCAGAAGUUGACACAGACCUUCUUUUUGAGGAUGAUGACUGGCAAAGUGAUUCUCUUGGUUCACUCAACCUGCUCGAACCAACCAGAGAAGCCAAGGGCAAAACGAGCAGCUGGUCCAAGACUGAUGAGUAUGUCAGUAAGUGUGUGCUGAAUCUGAAGAUUUCCCAGGUGAUGAUGCAGCAGAGCGCUGAGUGGCUGAGGAAGCUUGAGCAGGAGGUAGAGCAGCUCGAGUGGGCACAGAAGGAGCUGGACAGUCAGUGCAGCAGUUUGCGGGAUGCUUCAUUAAAGUUUGCAAAUGCCAAGUUCCAGCCAGCUGUAGGCCCUCCAUCUUUGGCCUAUCUUCCUCCUGUUAUGCAAUUACCAGGGCUCAAGCAGCCUGAAAAUGGUGGCACCUGGUUAGCCCUAGCAAGGUCUCCAGGAAAUGAGAGAGAGUUUCAAGAGGGACAUUUUAGCAAAAAACCUGAGAAACUAAGUGCCUGUGGCUGGAAGCCUUUUACACAAGUGUCUGAAGAAAGCAGAGGGGACUGCUCAGAGCUGAACAAUCAGCUGCCAACUCUUUGUGGUCCUGGGAAGCAGAACACAGGUGAACAAUUACCAUCCACUCAAGAAGCAAAGGAGAGUUUGGAAAAAAAUACAAACCAAAAUAGCAGGAGUACGGCGUCUGUGUCUUCUGAAAUCUAUGAUACUAAGUCAAGAAAUAACGAGGAUAAUGGAGAGGCACACUUGAAAUGGAGAUUGGCAGUAAAAGAAAUGGCAGAGAAAGCAGUUUCUGGGCAGCUCCUAGCACCUCCUUGGAAUCCUCAGAGUAGGGUGCCUUUUGAGAGCAAGGUUGAAAAUGAGAGCACUCCUUUGCCACGGCCCCCAAUUAGAGGUCCCGAGAGCACAGGAUGGCAGCACAUUUUAGAAUACCAGAGGGAAAAUGAUGAGCCCAAAGGAAAUACGAAGUUUGGCAAAAUGGACAACAGGGACUGUGACAAGAACAAGCACAGCAGAUGGACAGGCCUGCAGCGCUUCACCGGUAUUAGAUACCCAUUCUCCAGAAACCACGAGGAGCCAGAGCAUAAUGAAGCCUCUCAAGCAAGCUGUGACACAUCUGUGGGCACUGAGAAGUUCUACAGCAUAAGUGGUACAGCCUGGCAGAACCAAGGUGCAAGCUGUGACACAUCUGUGGGCACUGAGAAGUUCUACAGCACCUCAAGUCCCAUAGGAGACGACUUUGAAAGAUUCCAAGAUUCUUUUGCCCAACGUCAAGGCUAUGUUGAAGAAAAUUUCCAAAUAAGAGAAAUAUUUGGAAAGAAUGCUGAGAUUUUGACCAAGCCUCAGUUUCAAGCUAUUCAAUGUGCUGAAGACAAACAAGACGAAACAUUAGGGGAGACGCCAAAGGAACUGAAAGAGAAAAACAUAUCACUGACAGACAUUCAAGACUUGUCCAGCAUCACCUAUGAUCAAGCCGGCUGUUUUAAGGAAACCUCAUGCAAAACACCCAAAUUAAAACAUGCACCUACUAGUGCCAGUACUCCGCUCAGCCCAGAGUCGAUUUCCUCAGCUGCUAGUCACUAUGAAGACUGCCUUGAAAAUACCACAUUUCAUGUUGAAAGAGGAUCUACAUUUUGUUGGAAUGGUCAAGAAGCUAUGAGAACUUUGUCUGCCAAAUUUACAAGUGUCCGAGAGAGAGCCAAGAGCCUGGAAUCACUCCUCGCUUCUUCUAAAAGCCUACCUGCCAAGCUGACUGACUGCAAGAGAUUGUGUAUGUUGAGUGGGACUGGCUCUUCUAACGUUUCUGCGGCGUUUGUAACAUCAACUCAUGCUACCAAGAGGAAGAGCCUACCCGGAGAACUGGCAGAAGCCACCUCUCAACGUCACCUUGAUGAACUUCCACCACCAGCUCAGGAGCUGCUUGAUGAAAUUGAGCAACUGAAGCAGCAGCAGGUCUCAUCCAUGGCGUCACAUGAGAACACAGCACGUGAUCUGAGUGUCACUGACAAGGAUAAGAAGCAUUUGGAAGAACAAGAAACCAACAGUAGUAAAGACAGCAGUUUUCUUUCCAGCAGAGAAAUUCAGGAUCUGGAAGAUACAGAGAGAGCUCAUUCUUCUCUUGAUGAGGACCUGGAAAGAUUCCUGCAGUCACCUGAGGAGAACACGGCACUGCUGGACCCUACCAAGGGCUCUACAAGGGAGAAAAAACCCAAAGAUCAAGACGUUGUUGAACAGAAGAGAAAAAAGAAAGAAAGCAUCAAGCCAGAGAGAAGGGAAUCAGACAGCUCUCUAGGGGCGUUGGAAGAAGAUGAACUAAAACCCUGUUUUUGGAAGCGACUGGGUUGGUCCGAACCUUCCAGGAUAAUUGUGCUGGAUCAGAGCGACUUGUCAGACUGAUUGGAACUGGACCGUGCAAGCAUUGUGGCUGUGGCCUCCUUUCUUCUCUUAUCUGCUUCAGUUGCCUCAAGGACAGUAGUUCCAGUCUGUAACUCACGCUUUGUUCUGCUGCUACUAUGGGCACAAUAAUGUGGCCCUAUCAUGUGUAGCAUGCUUAAUCAUUUGUUUUAAAUCAGGUCUCUGAAAAGUGCAAAGCAACCAUAGUGGCAAACAUUUUAAUUGUGUUCAGAAUGGCUUUUGUUUUUUCUGAUGUAAAUUUUUGAAACCAUAACUUUGUUAUACAAUAAAGUGUUUACUUUCAAUGCU